GGGAGAGAGAGAAAGGAAGCGAGGAGGCCUCACACAUGCCGGCAAGGCCAAGUCCCUUCACCUUAAAAUGCCUGCUUGGCAGCUAGCUUUCUCAAAGCCUCAACAGCUGUCUUUCUUCUCAGCCUUGCAAGGGCACCAACACACCCACUUGUUUCCAUAUCAGUCAAGAGAUUGCCCGAAAAAUCAGAAGAUUUCAAGACAGUACAUUAAAGCACCCACAGAAGCUGCUAAUGAGACCUUCCUGCUGUCAGUGAGACCUUCCAAACACGAAAACCCACACCAUCUGCCUCCACAGGUUAUGGCUGCCCACGUCCCCACAGCCCCUGGCCUGCCUCAGAUGCUCCAGGCGGGUAUGAAGUACUUCAGCGGCCUACAGGAGACUCUCUUCACCAACCUCACUGCCUGCAAGGCUUUGGUGCGCUCCUUGCGCACCUGUUAUGGUCCUUUGGGCUGCAACAAGCUAGUGGUCAACCAUCUGGGCAAGAGUUUCCACACCUCCCAUGCAGCCACCAUCUUGCGUGAACUGGAGUUGGAAAAUCCGGUGGCUUGCCUGCUACGCACAGCUGCUGAAGCCCAAGACGAGGAGACAGGAGAUGGGACAAAUUUUGUUAUCCUUCUGGCUGGGGCACUGCUGGAGAAUGCCGAGAAGCUACUGCGGUCGGGGCUCCCAGUAGUCCACAUCCGUGCUGGCUACGAGAUGGCCUGCAAGGAGGUUUUGCGUUUGCUACCCGGCCUAUGCUGUCAUGUGCUGAAGAACCCACGUGAUGUUAAUGAGGUGCUCUGGGUCCUGCAGACCAUUGUGAGCAGCAAGGUAUUUGGCCAUCAGAAGUUCUUGUCCAUGCUGGUGGCCAAGGCCUGCGUCUUGGUGCUACCACCAGAUCGUACAACCUUCAAUCCUGAUCUCAUCUGUGUCUGCAAAAUCCUAGGGGGUGGGGUCACUGACUCUAGUGUAGUGGAGGGGAUGGUCAUCUGCAGAGAGGCUGAAGGCAGCGUCAGGCGGGUGGAGAGGGCCCGUAUUGCUGCUUUCUCUUGCCCCUUUGGCCCAUCUGGGUUCAAAGCAAACAACACCGUCAUCUUCACGAGUGCUUCAGAUAUAAGGUUAUUUGGCAAAAGUGAAGAGCAUCAGAUUGAGCAGUACGUUAUGGCUAUUGCCAGAGCUAGCAUCAACGUGGUGGUGGUUGGAGGGAAUGUGGACGACAAGGCACUCUUCUAUGCCAACCGGUACAGGAUAAUGGUCGUUCGGCUGACCUCCCGUAUGGAGCUACAACGCUUGUGUCAGGCGGUGGGGGCCACCCUACUGCUCAACAUAGCCGCCCCAUCGCCUGAAGAGAUCGGCCACUGCCGCCGUGUCUACAUGACUGAGAUCGGCAGCACCAAUGUGAUCAUAUUUAGUCAAGAUGGCAUCGCUUGCCCUGUAGCCACCGUUGUGCUUAGAGGGGCCACCACAGAGAUGCUGGACUGUGUGGAAGAAGCCAUCCACGACGGGGUCAAUGUCUACAAGAUUUUACACAGCGAUGCACGGCUCUUGCCUGGGGCUGGGGCUGCUGAGAUGGCCCUGUCGGUGCGGCUCAACACCCUGGGGAUGUACUAUCCUGGCCCGGAGCAGUACGGCAUCUUGGAGUUCUCCCAGGCCUUGAAAACUCUCCCGGCCACCCUGGCUGAAAAUGCAGGACAGCCAGUCAAUGAGCUCAUGGCGAAGAUAGAGGUGCAGCACCAGCUGGGCACCCAGAACACUGGCAUCAGGUUGGUGAGUGAGGAGGCUGGCACCAUAGACGCAGCUAAGGAAGGGCUACUCGAUCCAUUCAUGGUGAAGUAUCGAGGCAUCACACUUGCUACCCAGAUGGCAGUCACACUGCUGGGAGUUAGUGAGAUCAUGGUAGCCAAGAAAAGUGGGGGGCCCAAGCCUAGAGGGGAAAACCCCAACUGGGACCAAGAGCCAGAUUCAUUGGAUUGA